CGUCAUUGUUUACGAUUUCAGUUACAGGAAGUGUAACAGAGGUGAUCGAAUCUGUCAAACAGAAAGAAAAGCAAAGGAACUUUACAUUUCUCAUUUUAGAGUACAGAAUAAUGUCUGAUUGGUUAAGAUGUAUAUUUAAGAAAUCUUGUUUAAUGUAUUGACUUUUGAAGAUGAAGACCGCAAGAUUAUGAGGUCGGAUCAGGGCUCGUACCAUCGAGGUCCCGUAACAAUUUAAAGUUCUUUCACUUGAUCAUAUAGUUUAUCAAGUGGUUAAAUCAAGGCUUCAGCAGAAUGAGGUGUCCACACGGCAGACAUCUGAUCUCCGCCAUCAGCGCAUUUAACGGAAUUAUAACUUAUCAGUGCGCUCUUCUGCCGAGAGUUUCACACGGGGUGCUCAGAGAGUUGAGCACAUCAGCUCAAGCUCUACAGUAUGAUGUGAAAAGAUCUGACAUGGCCAAGUCUGGCAAUAGGAAGUUAUUCUUUGACACUCAUGCAAUGGUCCAGCUGCUCGAGGAAAGCGGUUUCGUGACCCAGCAGGCAGAGGUCAUAGUCAAAAUGAUGGUAAAUAUCACCAACUCAAACAUGGAUAUCAUGUACAGUGACAUGGCUACCAAGACACAGCAGGAAAUCAUGUUGCAGAAAGUCAUGUCUCAUAUUGCUGCUGUGAAAAAGGACAUGAUCAUUCUGGAGAAGAGUGAAUUCUCUGCAUUACUGGCAGAGAAUGAGAAAAUCAAGGUUGAGCUGUUACAGCUUAGGAUACAACUUGCAGAUGUAAUGAACAAAAGGCGAGCAGAUAUCAUUUUGGAUCUGAACAUAGAAAAAAGCCGAGUAAAGGAGAUGUGGGCAGACUUUAACAGAAAACUUAUUGGGACCAGGAAUGAACUCAUGGAAAUGAAUUCUGAGCAGGAUCGACAUGUGACACAGACCAACAUGAAAAUCGACACAGAAGUGGCUGGCCUGAAGACCAUGCUGGAGGCCCACAAACUGGAUACUAUCAAAUAUCUUGCAGGUUCUGUGUUUACAUGCCUCACAGUUAUACUUGGAUUCUAUCGGAUAUGGAUGUGAACAUCAGAAGACUUUAUUCUUCCUGACAAAACAUCUCAUCAGCCUUGCUUCAUUAGAAGAGCUGUGGUAUUCACCAUUAUCCUGUGGGAGCAAAUAUCUGUUCAUGCUCUAUUGUGAUAUAGAGUUUCAUUAGGAAAAAAGAUGUUAUGGACAAAAACAGCUACACAAUACACAAUCAAUUGACUUUGUAGUCAUUUAUGUAAUGCUUCAGGUGAUUUCACAUGCAAUAAAAUGAUGUAGUUUAAAUACACUACAUAUCUAA